UUCAGUGCAACGAGUAUUGGGAGAAGCGGGUGCGUGCAUUGACCCGGUGCGUCAUUUGGGACUAUCGUUGCGCAAGACUCCAAUAGUCUCAUGCUCAGGUUUCCCAGCCACGCGACCUUGAACUGCACCCUCUUUACUCCAUACCUUGUCCCACUCUAGGCACCACCAAGUAUUGAAACGCUAAAUGACUCGAGGAUCAUGCUGAGUGCUUGUCAGGGCGCUGUCACAUAAUAUAGCUCGCCAUCAACCACGAAUCCCGUGCAUAUCUCAACGUCUACCUCUUGAAGUAUCCCCGCCUAUGCCGUGAUGGCUCAGUCGCUAGAUGCACUACCACCAGAGGUGCUUCUCAGUGUGUUCUCAUAUCUGGAUGUCUCAGACUUACUACAAGUAAGUCGCACAUGUCUUGCGCUCCGCGAUCUCGCCUGCGACCCUCUACUGCAUCACGAGCGCCUACACCAUGCCUCCUAUAUCUUGUCGAUCGCACUGCCACGACGACCACUGAAGUCCACCAUAAGUCCACCCAAUUCUUGGAUCUGGCUGAGCAGAACCAAUGUCCUGUCUCGUCAGAUAAGCAAGAGCCUCAUUCGAAUACGUUUGAGUCACAACCUGGAGCACAGGCCGAGUCCGCGAGACUUGGUUGAGAGAGCGAUCCUUCCGUCUACCUGCAGCACUUACUCGUCUCCUGUUUCUCCAGCACUGAUACAGUCGCAACAAGCAAUACUGAGGAGAAGGUUGAAGGAUGGCCUGGGGCGAAAAUUGAACAUGAGGCCUAGCAUGGACAGCCUGGUGUCACUCAACAUCAUGCCAGAAGAGUGUCUGCGCCGAAGUGUCUCACCUGCGAUUGUGGCUACGCGGCGGAAGGUGAUAAGGGAAAGCUUGAAAGAUGGUCUACGUGCUUGGGUGGAAGGCCGGGCGUUGCAGGCCCAGAGAAAGAAGGCGGACGAGGUGGAGGCUGCUGAAAAGCAUACGGUCAAGAAUCUCGUGCGAAGGUAUGCGGCGAGGAAACUUGCCGUAGAGCGGGCAGAGAACGUUGAUGCCGUGAAUCUGGAAAAGAGAAAGGCGCAUGCCAGAUGGGGCAGGGAGGUCGAGGUGGCCAGGAAGGACGAAGAGAGGAGAGCUGCGGCGCAUGGCUCUUGCGCCCACCCCACCAGAGCACAUGUUUUGGGCUUGAAGAAGUUCUGGGAAGGCGUUAUUCGGGCGGCUGCCGCUGGAUGAAGUUAUCCAUAUCGGUCAGUGGGUGAAAUUGUUCAUUCCUGUGUGAUUUUGACGAUAAUGCGCGUUGUAUGGAUCAAGCAUGGUGUAUGGCGUUUGUAGCUCUUGAUCGUCCUCGGUAUCCAACAUGGGUGAUUGUAUCAUUGCCAACGAGUCUGUCUGUUCCACAUGCUCACCGUACCUCGUCAAAAUUGGUGCCUAACAUCAUUCGUUGCCGCUGAGAUACCUGGAUUCUCCUGUGACUUU